AUGGGCAAGAAGCGGGUUCUCGUCAGUUAUGGCGUCGACGUCGAUGCGGUCGCUGGCUGGCUGGGCUCGUAUGGCGGCGAGGACUCGUCCAACGACAUUAGCAGAGGGUACUUUGCCGGCACCAUCGGCACGCAGCGUGUCCUGAAGUUCUUGGCCAAGUACGACAUCAAGGCGACGUGGUUCAUCCCCGGCCACAGCCUCGAAACCUUCCCGGAGGACAUGGCGGCAGUGCGUGACGCAGGGCACGAGAUUGGUCUGCACGGCUACUCGCACGAGAACCCAACCGACAUGACCAUCGACCAGCAGCGCGACGUGCUCGACAGGACGUACCGCAUGCUGACCGAGUUCAACCACGGCAAGCCGCCGCGCGGCAGCGUCGCACCGUGGUGGGAGACGAGCAAGGAAGGGGCGCAGCUCCUGCUCGACUACGGGAUCGAGUACGACCACAGCAUGAGCCACCACGACUGCCAAGCCUACUACCUCCGGACGGGCGACGAUUGGACCAAGAUCGACUACAAGACCCGGGCAAAGGACUGGAUGAAGCCGCUGGUCAAGGGCCAGGAGACGGGCCUGGUCGAGAUCCCCGCAAACUGGUACCUGGACGACCUGCCUCCCAUGAUGUUCAUCAAGGCGGCGCCCAACAGCCACGGGUUCGUCAACGCGCGCGACGUCGAGGCCAUAUGGAAGGACCACUUUGACUACUUUUACCGAGAGCACGACGAGUUCAUAUUGCCCAUCACCAUCCACCCGGACGUCUCGGGCAGGCCGCACGCCAUCCUGAUGCACGAGAGGCUGAUUGAGCACAUGAAGAGCCACGAGGGCGUCGAGUUUGUCACCAUGGAGCAGAUUUGCGACGAGUUCAAGAGCAAGAACUCGCCCCCGGCCGGAGCAAUCAUGCCCGCGCCGCCCGGCGAGAUGUUGAAGAAACCUCCAGUGUGGCAGUGA